AUGACAGAGGACGUGAAACAUCCAUCACCUCACAACCAUCACCAGCACGACGAUUACCACUUUCAUCGACACCAGCAAAAGCAGGACAGCAACAGAAACGUGGUCAUGAUCGCCAUGGAUGGGAGUCGACAUUCCUUCUACGCUUUUGACU